CCGGAAGGACAGAGGCUGACAGAAGGACGGAUCCGUGCCGUGCAGGGACUGUGCUGGGCUAGCUCAGGAAAGAUGCUGACCAAUAUCUCUAACGUGUUGAAGGCUUGCGCUCAGAGGAAUGGAGCUGCGGCGGUGGUGUCAGCACGCACAUAUGCCGACUUCACAACCCAGGCGACCUUCGAAAUAAAGAAAUGUGACGUCUUCAAGCUGGAUGAGGGCCCAGCCACUCAGGUGGUCAUGACUCGUGAUGAGGGUCUGCAGUACUACCGCACCAUGCAGACCAUGAGGCGUAUGGAGCUGAAGGCAGAUCAGCUGUAUAAGCAGAAGAUCAUCAGAGGGUUCUGCCACUUGUAUGACGGCCAGGAAGCUUGUGCUGUUGGUAUUGAAGCAGCAAUUAAUCUCUCCGACCACCUGAUUACUGCAUACCGAGCCCACGGCUACACUUACACCAGAGGAGGAACUGUGAAGGAAAUCAUGGCUGAGCUUACUGGCAGAAGAGGAGGCAUUGCAAAGGGCAAAGGAGGCUCUAUGCACAUGUACUGUAAACAUUUCUAUGGAGGAAACGGAAUCGUCGGAGCGCAGGUUCCCCUGGGCGCAGGCGUGGCACUGGCCUGCAAGUAUCAGGGCAACAAUGAGCUGUGCGUCUGUCUCUAUGGUGAUGGUGCUGCCAACCAGGGUCAGAUUUUUGAAACCUAUAAUAUGGCCGCUCUUUGGAAGUUGCCCGUCAUCUUCAUCUGUGAGAACAACAGGUACGGCAUGGGAACAUCUGUGGAGCGAGCUGCAGCCAGCACAGACUACUUCAAGAGAGGAGAAUUCAUUCCUGGUCUCAGGGUGGAUGGAAUGGAUAUUCUGUGUGUUCGGGAAGCAAGCAAGUUUGCGGCUGAUCACUGCAGAUCUGGGAAGGGUCCCAUUCUCAUGGAGCUGCAGACAUACCGCUAUCACGGACACAGCAUGAGCGAUCCUGGCGUCAGCUACCGCACACGUGAGGAGAUCCAGGAGGUCCGCAGCAAGAGUGACCCCAUCUCCCUGCUGAAGGACCGCAUGCUCAGCAACAACAUGGCCAGCGUGGAGGAGCUCAAGGAAAUUGAUGUUGAGGUGAGGAAGGAAAUCGAAGAUGCUGCUCAGUAUGCCACCACAGAUCCUGAACCCCCGCUGGAAGAACUGUGCAACCACAUCUUUCACAACAACCCACCGCUGGAGGUGCGCGGCACGAACCCGUGGUCCAAGCUGAAGUCUGUUAGCUGAAGUUUUUUUCAUCCCUUCGUUUAAUCACCUCAUCCACCCUAUACUAUAUUAAACCCUCUUUUCUCUCAAAUAUGCGCACACAUCAUGCAAUGUACCAUAAACCAGUGCCUCAGACUCAGAGCGUCAUGCAUCAACAAGUAACUUACUUCCAGUGCUAUAAACCACAGGGGCCAUAUUCACAAAGAGUUGAACUGUCAGACAUUGACCAAAACCUAAAACCUACUGCCGUUAAGAUCUGUCAGUUUGAAAAGCAGUCUUGAAACUCUGCAGUGUUACAGUGUUAAUUAUCACAGUAGAACACACAGCCUUACAUUGAGCGACAUCUAAAAAUAAAAACAGCAGUCAGUUGGAUAAGUAUCAAAUGUUUUGGUGUUCAUAUCAACUGCAGGUGCAUUUCUUUGUCACUGUGUUGCCACAGUCACAUGAAAUUGUGUCCCACAUUUAUUUAGAUUUUUUUGAAAGAGCCAAUCAUCCUCAUUUUGGACCUUUCACAAUCUGUUUAGUGAUUAAAAUCACCAUUCCUGGUAGAUUAUUUAAAAGUGUUCACAAGUUUCAAAUGUUUUCCUGUGAAGCGCAACAAAUUCCUUAAGCUAUUGGAUUUAAAGUAAACUAAUAUUAAGCGCUUUGCAUUUUUAACAUUGGUUUGGGUUUUUUUUGUUUGUUUUUGUAAAUUUGGCCUCGUUUGAACGCACGCUGUUGCUUGUUUGAUGUUAUUCUCUGGUCAUUUUUGAGGUGCAAUGCAAAAAAAUAACACAAAAAAUGUCAUCUGUCACUGUUCAUCUCAAAAACGAACUAUCUGACCUGUAAAAAUGGCUUUGUACUCUUUAUACAGAAGUGUACAUGAUAAAUAAUUCAACUUAAUCAGUUCUUGUCUUUUUUUUUUUUAAUCUAACCCCUUGUUACUAGUCCGCCAUAUGAAGCAGCAGGGUAAAAACUGUUAGUAUCAAAUGUUUCUCUGAAUAUACUGUAUGUAACAGAGAGCAAAGAAUACCAAGGGAGAGGUUUGAAAUGUUUUAAAAAUCUACCUUGCCAAACCAAACAUGUGCCUGGAAGAUCUGGUGUUGUUUGGAAGUUGAAUGUGUCGUCUUAUGUUUGUGUCACACUCCAACCUGAGCGUGUUUACAUUCAUGUGGUUGCUUUGCAGAUAGUUAGUUCCCUUGUUUUUGUUCAAAGAACAGCUCUUUUACAAUCAUUUGGAGACUUAGCUCUUAUUAAAUUGUUGAUAUUCAAGGUUAUUUAUUAUCCUAGAGAUUCGCAAUCAAAAUUCCCACAAGCUGAACAGUUGCCUGCAACAACAGUGAAUGUAAACAUACCAACUCUUAGUCAUUGAAGUGCUCUCAUUCACGAAGCUUCACUACACGUUUUAAUUUUCCAAAUCUGAGAGCGAUGUUGGGUCGAGUGUUAUUGGUUGAGGCAGCAGUGCAUCAGUAGCUUUAUGUGCCACUUGUAUGUUUCACUAAGAAGGUUAAUUGGAAUAGUUCAACACAUCAUCAGUGGCACAUUUAAAGCUCGUGUGUAGAGGACAUUUUGAAUUUCAGUCUGCUCUUUACAGUAUUGUGGAGGAAGAAAUAUCUGCAAGUGACACCUCAGGUAGCAACAUGCAAUGCUAGCACUGUUGGUUUUGUACCGAUGCUUGCAACUCUGUAAAGGGGUACCGGGGGAUGUCUGGCCUUUUCUCUGUAAUGUGUGAUGAAUUUAGUCAAAUGACGGGCUAAAAUUUAAAAUGUCAGUACAUGUAUAUAUGUACAGCUGAGAAUGCCUGCAAUGUAAGUGUUUGUGGUCGUAAACUGUUACAUGUAGGGUGGCGGAUGAUGCGAGGAAACGCUCCAUGGAAACAUUGGUUUUAUGUGUGAGCCACUGUAAUAAAAAAGGACUGUAAGGUA